CUCAACUUUUCCCUCGAGCCGAGUGCCUCAGCAGCGAGACGGCGCUGCGGCUAGAAGACGCGCGACGGGAGAUGAGACGACCUGCGGACGAGUUCCGGAUUCUGUAACUUCCUGCGAGGAGCCGCCACCGGAUACGUUCAUUUACACGCCUUUACCAGGAAUGUAAGGUCUGAAUGUAACGUCUGACGUGCGACGCGUUUACCCAGCUUAUGUGACGGCGUAAGCUAGGCAGUCCGUCGAGCUCUCCGACUUUAUUUACGGAGCACGUUAAAGUGCAACGCGUGGUUUCUCACAUUCGGUGAAAGUGCCCUGGUUAAAAACCCCGACUUAGGGAAAGAGGAAGGAGCUAACGGACCAACGCGUGUAUUUGCCUUUGUUAAGAGUGGACGAUCUAACACUCGACUGAGAAUCUAACGCCUUCAGAAAUGAAGUGAAAUCAAACGGCUUACUGAGCACACUGAGAGCUGUCUGUUGACAAUGUAACGUGCACUUCUGAGAUGUGGACUUCCUUCUCCCGCGACGUUACUUAGACGCGUUACAUUCCAGUUACACUGGAGACGAGUAGAUUGAUAACGUGUAACGAGCAGAGACACUCCCCUUAAAUGAUGUGACGCUUUUAAUGAGUCUCUUGUAGGACAACGGACGAAGUGGUCUUAAUUUGAUUUUAGAGAACUCGUGUUUCUUCCUGUCUGUCCGAUUCUCGCCCACUUGUUCCAUCUCCUUGGUCGUGAUUGUCUUAAGGUGAUGUGUCUCUGAGGAGAUUGUCUUAAGGUGAUGUGCCUCUGAGGAGAUUGUCUUAAGGUGAUGUGUCUCCGAGGAGAUUGUCUUAAGGUGAUGUGUCUCUGAGGAGAUUGUCUUAAGGUGAUGUGUCUCUGAGGAGAUUGUCUUAAGGUGAUGUGCCUCUGAGGAGAUUGUCUUAAGGUGAUGUGUCUCCGAGGAGAUUGUCUUAAGGUGAUGUGUCUCUGAGGAGAUUGUCUUAAGGUGAUGUGCCUCCGAGGAGAUUGUCUUAAGGUGAUGUGUCUCCGAGGAGGUUGUCUUAAGGUGAUGUGUCUCUGAGGAGAUUGUCUUAAGGUGAUGUGUCUCUGAGGAGAUUGUCUUAAGGUGAUGUGCCUCUGAGGAGAUUGAUUACAUUGCUGUGUUUUAUUGCCACAGAAAUCCUCUAAAACAUGGAGGAACCGACCAGACCUCAGCGUAAGAUGUCCACGGCAGGAGACAGUCUGUACAAGAUUUUAGGUUUGGAGAAAGGAGUGUCUCCUGAUGAAAUUAAAAAAGCCUACAGGAAACUGGCCUUGAGGUAUCACCCCGAUAAGAAUCCGGAUAAUCAGGAAUCUGCUGAAAAGUUCAAAGAGAUCAACAACGCCAACGCCAUCCUCAGUGAUGAGAACAAGAGGAAGAUCUAUGACGAGUACGGCUCCAUGGGCCUCUACGUGGCCGAGCAGUUCGGGGACGAGAGCGUCAAAUACUACUUCCUGAUGUCCAAGUGCUGGUUCAAGGCGCUGGUGGUGUGCUGUAGCAUCUUCACCUGCUGCUGCUGUUUCUGCUGCUGCUGUUUCUGCUGUGGCCGCUGUAAAGCCACCGAAGGCGAGGAGUUCGUCUACAUGAACCCCGAAGACCUGGAGGAACAGAUCCGAUCAGAGCAGGACGAAGGGGACACUGUAGUAAAUGUUCAGCCAGGUCCAAGCAGUCCUGCAGACUGUCCAGGUGAGAAUGCACCCAUCAUUGGCCAGCCCCACGCGGCCAACGGCACCUCGGCAGCGGCGGCCGAAGACCCCGCCGAGCAAAGCCUCAGCCUGUCCACGGAGGAGUGAGCGGGAGUCCUGUACCGCUCACAGCCUUUAUCAGCACCGUGCCCGGUUUUCCCUCACGUUUUUCCAAGCACAAACCUCAACGUGAUCGUGCCCCCCCCCGCCCCCCCCCCCCACUGCAGUGGGCACAUAGAGAACACGGCCGACAUCUGUGGCCGUCUGUUUACAGGGAUCGGGCAGCAUUUUGACUGUGUUGUCUUUUUUUUUUUUUUCUUAUAGUGCCAUGUUUUCCCCAUUACCGAGGGAUUAUCUUUGCUUUUAUCCACUUCCUUAUCGUUUAACUUCCAUAUUUGUUACUUUUCCUUUUUUGUUUUUUUACUUCAUACCUGUGGGCAAAUGUGGACUGAGAAACGACAAAAGCUUGAUGAACAAACAUAUCAGCGCCUCUAAAGACUUCUCUUUUUUUUUUUUUUGGAUUUUUCUCCCCAAUUGCACCCGGCCAAUUACCCCACUCUUCCCGAGCCAUCCCGGUCGCUGCUCCACCCCCUCUGCUGAUCCGGGGGGGGGGGGCAGGGCUGCAGACUACCACAUGCCUCCUCUGAUAUACGUGGAGUCACCAGCCACUUCUUUUCACCUGACAGUGAGGAGUUUCACCAGGGGGACGUAACACGUGGGAGGAUCACGCUAUUCCCCCCAGUCCCCCCCCCCCGAUCAGGCGCAACGACCGACCAGAGGAGGCGCUAGUGCAGCGACCAGGACACAUACCCACAUCCGGCUUCCCACCCGCAGACACGGCCGGUUGUGUCUGUAGGGACACCCGACCGAGCCAGGGGUAAUGCGGGGAUUCGAACCGGCGAUCCCCGUGUUGGUAGGCAACGGAAUAGACCGCCACGCCACCGGGACGCCCCCUCUAAAGACCUUUUUGGAGCCUCUGUACACAUCUUCUUUAAACUCCAGGGUUUACAAGGCUCAGUGUUUUCGGUUUUUAUUUUUCAAAGCCAUCCAGCAUGCCGAAUUUCUCCACAAGAGGACACUGUUACAUAACCUCACACGAACAGGAACAACUUUUGGAUCCGUGGAAACGUAAAAUCCGGGUGAAAAUCGGGUUUAAAAAUCUGGGUAUUUUUCUGUGAAAAUCGGUAAAAACCGAAAAUGCUGAGCCUUGAGGGUUUAUGACAAAAGACUGCCGCCAUGAUGUCUGACAUCAAGUUUUGGCCUCCGGGGUCUGAGAGGGAGUGUAUCCUGAACACAGCGGCACACCAGCAGCACAUGGACACUUUGUGGUCAGAAAGUCAAGUCAAGUCCAUUUUAUUUGUACAGCCCAAUAUCACAAAUUACAAGUUUGCCUCAGGGGGCUUUACAGCAACACAACAUCCUGUCCCGAGACCCUCUCAUCAGAUAAGGAACAACUCCCUAAAAAAAAAACUUUAACAGGGAGGAAAAAUAGGAAGAAACCUCAGGGGGAGCACCAGAGGAGGGAGCUCUCUCCCGAGACGGACAACGUGCAAUGGAUGUUGUGUUCACGCAAUUUACACAAUACAACAUGAUCAGUCGCCCCUUUUUCACCCACACGGAGCCUGAGUGGGGCUCGUUCAGAGAAACGCAGAGGAAAGGAGGAAACAACCAGGGAGUAGCGUUCUGUCGUGCACGCCGUCACCCAUAUCAUCUCAGCCCGGGUCUUUACUUUUAGAGCUUCAGAAAAUCAAAUCCUGUUUUAUUUUUUCUCUUAUCUCAUAAUGCUGGUAUCUGUCUACGUUUACUUUUUAACAUUUGACUUCUCUUCAUCAACUGUUGAGAUUAUAAGGGCACCGCGUUGCUGUAGACGUCCUACCUGUGUAGCCUGCUAACAUAUCUAGUCUUUAAUCCAAAACACUUAAAGUCGUUGUUUUUUUUACACGAAAGCCAAACUGACAAAUCACCUCUGUUGGUGUGAAGGUGCAGAAAGCUUGGUUUAGCUGUGGGGUAAAUGUCUGGUGUCGCGUCUCCGUACUUGUUAAAGGUAUUUGGCGUUCAGUGUGUGAGGAGCAGCGGAGUGUCGUCUGCGUGGUGUCGGAGAGGCUUUAUCGGCUCUAACUGUGGCUCAGCCCUGUAACAUUACGAUAAAGAGGGUCCGCGGUGGUGUAGCGGUCUAAGCAUCGGCUUUGUGUCGAUGCAGUUGCCCACUGGGGACCGGGGUUCGCGCCCCGGUCUCGUCAGAUCCGACUAUGGCCGGACUCGAUGAAGCAGCAAUAAUUGGCAACGCUGUCUUCGGGAGGGGGUUGGAGUCGGCUUGUGUUGGUCACAUGAAUGCGUCUCUGGGUGUGUCGGAGAAAGCAGUGGUUCGGCCCGGAGUCGCCUCGCCACUUUCGUGACAAGGCGACUCCUUCGAGACUGCAGGCCGGAGAGAUGCGGUUGGCGAACGCGUACAGCACGAGGGUGGGUGUUUGAAUUAAAAUAGGGAUCGACUGGCCACUAAAUUGGGGGGAAAAUCAGAAAUAAAUUUAUAUUAAAAAAAAAGAAGAUAAAAAUAGGAAUUGAUUGUUUUUGUGUACAUUCAGAGAUAUAUGUGUAUAUAUUUUUGAUUUGCAAGUUGUAUCUGUUCAGCGUGUAUUAAGACAGGUUCUUUAGCUGUGGUGGUUUGAAUCAUGAGAUUUUAUUUUUUUCUCUCUAUAUACUGUGUCCAGAGAUAUUUAUUUCCAUCUUCAGUGGGCCACCUUCCAAAUGCCCACCUUUAUACAAACGGUAUUUGCACAGAAUUGGAUAAUCUUUUGUUUUACUAGUCGUCUUGCUAGAUUAACACCACCCACCUGAGAUGCCCAGCAGGUUCAAACAACAAGUUAUUUGCAAACACUUGUUUGACCCAAAUAUGUGUCUUAGCUCAGUCUACAGUAAAAUGCAAAUCAUCCAUUUAGGUUUUUACUUUCCAACAGGCCUCAGAGCAAGGUGUAAAUAUGAUGGCUAAUGUAAAAUAAAGGUGGUUUCUUUUCAGUUAAA